AUGGGCGCGAAGAACUUCGGGAAGAAGAAGGAUUCCGCCAAAGUGAAACGGGCGAAACGAAGGGAAAAGAAACUGAAAGCUUUACGCUUUGCCGGCAUAAAUGUGGAUGUUAAAGAGAAAGACGAGAACGGAGAGACGACGAUGAUGACGACGGAGAACGACGAAACGGAGGCAUCGACGACGCUGUCCAAGAAAGAGAAAAGAGCGAGAGAUAUGCGGAGGAAAAAAGAACUCAAACUGGCGAUGAUAUCGAUGAAAGAGAAGAGGAGGAAAGAGGAGAAAAAAACGAGCGGAACUUUACGGAAAACGCUCUCGAAAAACAUUCAAAAGAUGAAGAAAGAACGAGACGAAUUGGUCUCGAAAAAGAAGAAGGACGCAGACGAGAGUGCGUUUGGUACCAAAAGCGUCGGAGAGAUGAACGACGUGGAGAUGACGACGACGUGA